AUGAGUAAUGAUCCACCUUUAUCAAGUUUGCUUGAUAAUGACAAUCAAGAAAUAUUAAAUAAGACUGACAAUGAAGUAAAUAUUCGACCAAAUACAUUGGACAACCUCAAUGAAAAUAAUAAUCUUGCCUCAGACAAUCAGCAACAUCUUGAUAGAGGUAUCACCAGUACACUAUUACUAGCUGUGAUAGCUGCAAUCAGUGGAACUUCUUUUCAUUUCGGUUAUGCAUCUGGUGUUUUAAAUGCUCCGCAAGAUAUUAUAGAAGCAUUUAUUAAUGAAACAAAUCAUAGACGAGAUAAAGCUAGUCAUACAAAUGAAUCAACUAUAACAUUAAUUUUCUCCUUAGCGGUGUCAAUCUUUGCUCUUGGUGGAAUGAUCGGUGGUCUAUUCGGUGGUUUUAUUACUGAUCGAUUCGGAAGAAAAGGUGGCAUGCUUUUAAAUAAUAUAGUUUCUGUUCUUGCUUGUGUAUUAAUGUUUAUUUCAAAACCUAUUUAUUCCUAUGAAGCUUUAAUUGUUGGAAGAUUUUUUCUUGGACUUUCUUGUGGUUACGGUUCCUCGGUUGCACCAACUUAUAUAAAUGAAGUAUCUCCGAGAAAUCUACGUGGUGCUUUCGGUGGUUCUUUUCAAUUGGGUGUUGUUCUUUCACUUUUUUUUUCGCAAGGAAUCAGUUUAAAUUCAGUAUUAGGUUCUGAAAAUGCAUGGCAUUAUGCUUUAGGUUUGCCGAUUGUAUUCAGUGUUUUGCAAGUAAUAUUACUUUUAUUUGUACCAGAAACUCCAAAAUAUUUAUUAAUUAAAAGAAAUGAUUUACCGGGUGCUGAAAAAGCACUUCGAUGGCUUAGAAAACAUGCACAUGUUCAACAUGAAAUAUCCGAAAUGCAAGAGGAACAAAGGCAACAACAACACUCUGCUCGUAUGGUUGACGUAUUUUUCACACCAACGGUUCGUUGGGCAUUAUUUAUAACAGUUUUUCUUCAAUUAUCUCAACAAUUCUCUGGUAUCAACGCAGUUAUUUACUAUUCAACUGUUAUAUUCCAAUCAGCUGGUUUUACAAAACAAGUCGCCCAAUAUGCAAAUUUAGGUUUAGGUGGAACAAAUGUUUUAGUAACAGUCAUCAGUGUCUUUCUUAUGGAUCGUCUCGGUCGACGUCCUCUUCAUUUAACUGGCAUUGGUGGUAUGUUUAUAACAAGUUUAAUACUUGUUAUAUCACUUGUUGUUCGAUCAACUCCAUUAUGGAAUAAAAUUUCACUUAUAAUGACUAUUUUAUUUAUUGCAUUUUUCGCUAUUGGGCCUGGUUCAAUACCUUGGCUGAUUACAGCAGAAUUAUUUACUCAUGCAUAUAAUGUACCAGCCUCAAGUAUUGCUGUACUUGUUAAUUGGUCGGCUAAUUUUAUUGUUGGUCUUGGUUUUAAACCCCUUUUUACGGGCUUGCUGCAUCAGUAUACAUUUCUUCUAUUUACCGGACUUUUAUUAAUAUUUUUUCUUUUAACAUUUUUCUUCGUACCAGAAACAAAAGCCAAAACUGUUGAUACAAUCUAUGCAGAAAUAAAUGCUGGUCGAGUUUGGUCGAAACGUCAACCGCGAAGUCAAUAUCUUCACAAUCGAAGUAGUGGCAAUGAUGAUGAUGGUAGUACUGUGAAUUAUGAAAGUUUGUCAUAA